AUGAUCCUGGCUUCCCAGUUGGUCCUCUUCACCUGCAUCCAGAUCACAUUGAUGCCAAAUGCCUUUGCUGCUUCUGAAAUCAAGAAGCUGCCCCAGCGGUGCUCCUCUUCAAUGAAACCAACCCGCAAACAAGGAACCAGAAUGAGGAAAGACGACAGCACCAAAGUGUGGCCUCUGAAAUACAAGCAACUUUUCCAUAUCGAGGACCACGACUUCGCAAUGAGACCUGGAUUUGGAGGGUCUCCAGUCCCAGUGGGUAUAGAUGUCCAGGUUGAAAGCAUUGACAGCAUUUCAGAGGUUAACAUGGACUUCACCAUGACUUUUUAUCUCAGACACUACUGGAAAGAUGAGAGACUCUCCUUUCCUAGCACAACAAACAGAAGCAUGACCUUUGAUCACAGAUUGAUCAAGAAGAUUUGGGUGCCUGAUAUCUUUUUUGUCCAUUCUAAAAGACCUUUCAUCCAUGAUACAACUAUGGAGAACAUCAUGCCGCGUGUACACCCUGAUGGCAAUGUCCUCUUCAGUCUCAGGAUAACUGUUUCUGCGAUGUGCUUUAUGGAUUUUGGCAGGUUUCCUCUUGACACUCAAAACUGCUCCCUUGAACUGGAAAGCUAUGCCUACAAUGAGGAGGACCUAAUGCUCUACUGGAAACACGGAAACAAGUCCCUAAACACGGACGAGCACAUCUCCCUUUCUCAGUUCUUCGUGGAGGAGUUCAGUGCAUCCACUGGAUUUGCCUUCUAUAGCAGCACAGGUUGGUACAAUAGGCUUUUCAUCAACUUUGUGCUGAGGAGGCAUAUUUUCUUCUUCAUGCUGCAAACCUACUUCCCGGCUGUGUUGAUGGUAAUGCUUUCGUGGGUGUCAUUUUGGAUUGACCGAAGAGCUGUUCCUGCGAGAGUUUCCCUGGGAAUCACCACGGUGCUGACCAUGUCCACGACCGUCUCCGGAGUAAGUGCCUCCAUGCCCCAGGUGUCCUACGUGAAGGCCGUGGACGUGUACCUGUGGGUCAGCUCCCUCUUUGUGUUCCUGUCAGUCAUUGAAUACGCAGCUGUGAACUACCUGACCACAGUGGAGGAGCAGCACCGAUUUGAGAAGACAGGGAAGGUUUCCAGAAUGUACAAUAUUGAUGCAGUUCAAGCCAUGGCCUUCGAUGGAUGUUACCAGGACAGUGAGACUGACGUGGACCAGACUUCCUUUUCUCUACACUCAGAAGAGGACUCUGUGCAAGGAAGAUGCACAGGCAGCCCCAGCGCAGAUUCAUCUCACACAAAGAGAAGAAAAUCCCUCGGUGGGGGACGUUGGUAAAGCCAUUCUGGAGAACAACCAUGUCAUUGAUACCUAUGCCAGGAUUUUAUUUCCCAUUGUGUAUAUUAUAUUUAAUUUGUUUUACUGGGGUAUAUAUGUGUGAAGAGGAACUCCCCAUGUACACAACUUGUUUUGGAGUCAGAUUAUGUUAAAAACAACAACAACAAACAGCUCUUGACUAUAAAUUGGACGGUACUAGACUAAACUGCACGUCGGCCAGUCACCUCUCCUGACCUAAGAAGACUUGAAGUUGACUGAUUUCCAUUUGGAAAGAGAUUAAGGCCCUGGAAGAAUCUGCCUCCACAAAUAAGAGUCACGAGCGUACACACUAUGGAAAACAGUUCCCAUAGGGGAGGGCUUUGUAACUACUUCAUCUGGGCCCUCCUUGCUUUCGAAAGGUAAAUUUUCUGUAUUUAACUAAGGAGUAAAGCUGGACUAUGACAGUAAUUCAAGGGGAGUUCGUUCCUCCAUGCUAGCCAACUCCCAGAUUCCCUAACAGAGCUGAAUCCUCCUGGGGAAGAACAUCGGCGCUGAGGUGGCACCACGGACACACGCGCUGAGAUUCCCACGAGGAGCCUUCCUCUCCCAUCUCCAGUCGAGUCUUUUAUCUUAGUUCACUAUUAAGUUCCAUAUAUUAUUGAGUCCAAAGGGGACAAAAAAAUCUAAACUUCACUCAGUCUUCCCAUCCUAAUGUUAAAUUAAUACACCAAUCUUCAAUAAUAGCAUCUUGUAUUUUGUAGUUGAGGUAUAGCUUUCAUAGCUUCUUGGGAGUAUUUAAUUAAUUAGUUACUUUAUUUACCAAAUGUUUCUUGACCUCCUUCAUGUGCCAGGCACUUUAUUAGGCAUUAUGUACUAAGAAACAAAUACGGAAUGACAUUCCUGCCAUCAGUGAGUGCAUAGCCUAGCAGGAACGGUGAACUGGUAGUCAUAAUAAAUAAUAAAUGUAAUGGAUGUUAAAAUGGAGCUGUGUACACUGUGCCGAAAAGGGAAUCCCAAAAGAAGGAAAAGAACAUCCACGAAGGGACAUGGACGCUAAAUUUAUAUACAACUGAAGAUGCUUCCAGACAUGGUCUUCACUGAAAAAUUGAAUGAAAUUUACGUUUCUCAUAGUAAUCUUUAGUAACUUUGGUUGAACGAAGGAAAUCAGGUCACGUGAGUAUUAAAUAAAUGUUUGUUAAGUAGAAAAACCUCCAAUGAUCAGCAUUCCUUUGGUAGACUGGCAGUGUGCAUGCUUUUUUGUUGAGUGUUUUGUGAAAAACAUUUCAUUUAGAGAUAAGCCCUUGGUAGGAAGUAUGAAAUAUUUCCUGUCCUAUUUUGA